AAAUUCAAAUUAGCACAAUUUAUCAUAUACACUAUGUGUUGGUGAUCCGAAGAUAUAUAUAUUUCCUGUCGUAGUUGUACCGAGAGAAAUAUAUGUAUAUACUGAAAUUUCCUAUUAGGUUUUACUAUUGUUAUAUCAACGCAACCACUGGACACCUGUUAAUGACUAGUGGGUGAUCUAGAAAUACGUGUAGCGCUAUCUGGAGGGAUGGAGAUGACGCCUUUGUCGCUGGUAACCGUCACCAUGGUGAUUAUGUGUACAUGUUGUGGUACCGCCACUGGACUCUCGGCUACAGAGGCUGCCAAAUUCACCGUCAGCGGUUCUUACUCCGCCACAGUAACAGUCUCCUCAGGCAGCACCUCGUACACCAUAUCAUCCUCCGGGAUGCCUGACCAUGCCUGGCAGUCUGUCAACCCCAACACACCCACUGUCCAGAACCACGUCGUAACAGUACCAAAAACCCCAACUGUUGCCUCCACAAAGGGUUGUCUCCCCAUGGGACAGAUUGCAAUCACCAGAACAGGGGUGUCGCUGUACAAUCCUUUGGCGCAAGGCUAUGUCAACGCUGUGGAAGGUUCAGGCGCCGAGACUUUCGACAGUUGUGAUGGCCAUCCAACCAACAGGGGAGAUUACCAUUACCACAAACUGCCGUCCUCAUGUCUGUGGCAAAACGAGGUGGAUUACUUAGUAGGGGUAGCCAUGGAUGGUUACCCUAUAUACGGCCCCAACACAACCGGGCAUUCGGCCUGGCUGACUACCGCUGACCUCGAUGAUUGUCACGGUAUGACUGUUGGGGGAGAAUACCGGUACGUGGCCACUACAGACUUUCCCUACCUUAUGGGAUGUUACCAUGGCGUUGUACAAGACUCUUCUUUCGACACAACUUACGGCUGCACUAGUUCCACAAAUUACGCCCAGUGGAAUGGCUACCUGUGUAGCUGUCACGAAUUAACAUCAUCAAGGGCCCACAUCUCAAGGACGUCCUUCGUCAGGAUGGUUACAUUUGUUAGCUUCGUUGCCAUGACGACAGCUCACACAUUUUUCUGAAGCAGUUGGUUUUCCUUUAUGUGAACAAAAUGAUGACUACGAGGAAAGAAUAAAAAACUAUAAAUGACAUUUGGUGUAUAUAUAGACUUCUCACUGCAUGAUACAAAGUGUAUAUUAUAUAUAUUUUGCUUGAAAGCGUUCCAUUGUAAUAAUAUAUUGUUAGUCAUUAUUUUCUUCGCAUUUCAAGACUAUUGAGAUAAUAUAUACACGUAGUAAGGAUUGUUAUAAUGUCGUAAAGGAGACACGCCAAGUCUCGUGAUAAACGGUAUUCCCGCUGGUCAGGAAUCUUUAUAUAAAAGGCUGUGACAUCCUGACUCAAGCAUGAGUUAGCUAUUGGACACCAAUCAAAUUAUAGCUUUUGUACGUGUCGAUUUUGCCACGAUAUAUUCCAGGGGUUCAGAGAGCGAAAGUGAACGUAACUGUGGAGUAUUGAGGAUGACUCAUAACUUGUUAGAUAUAUGUGUUUCCUGAUCACAGUUACGCAUGCUCUGUGUUAUAGUGUAUAUUUUAAUAAGAUAUGCUUUACUUCUGAAACAGCUUUAUGUUCAAUUAUUUAUGUCAAGUUAAAUCGACAAUUAUCUUUUUCAGCAGCAAAUGGUGUCAAAAUUGUUGUCGAUUGUUUGAAAUGAGAUCUCAUUUUUUUAUUCAACCUUUCAGCAAUAGUUUACGUAACAUCAAACGUUUAUUGAUUAGUUAUAGCAUUCAUAUUAUUUCAAAGACCGUACAGUAUUUAAAAACAAUAUUCUUUUUAAUCACUAUUAAUUAUGUAUCUGUAUACUUAGGCUGAUCGGAUGGCACUGUGGUAACACACUAGGCGGCCGGGACUCGAUUCCACGAUCGAACGUGGAAAGAUAUAGGGGUCACCUGCCCGACCACUUGAUUUCCCCCCACAGUAAGCCUUCUCCCGCGCUUCAAUCCGGGCCAACAAGUGUGCUUAUAUAAUUUGAUAUAAUUUCCUUCGCAAUUGUUGUAAAAUGAAUAAAUUUUACCUUUUUAUAUGGAUUUAUAUGCAAUGCAAUACAUUUUCUAUGAUAGCAA